GCCGGUCCCUCCCUCCGCGCCCGCUCUCCCUUUUGUGAGUUAUAGCAACCGUUGCCUUGUGAGUCGAGCGCCAUAGUCACCGUAGUCCUGGCGACUGUUACCCAUCAACAACAGCCGCUCCGCGCCCGCUCCUGCUCCUCCUCCUCCUGCCGCUGCUCCGCACCCCCCGCCUCACCGUCACCCACCACCACCACAACAACAACAACAACCGCAGCCGCCGCCAGCACCAGCAGCGACAGCGGGAGCGCCGCCGCAGCCCGCCCCGGCACAGAGAUCACAAUGCAGACAUCAGAGACUGGGGCGGAUACAAGUUCGACUGUGACUUUACAGACAUCUGUGGCUGGCCAGGCAGCAGUGCCCACACAGGUAGUACAGCAAGUACCAGUUCAGCAACAGGUACAGCAAGUGCAGACUGUGCAACAGGUACAGCAUGUCUACCCAGCCCAGGUUCAGUAUGUGGAGGGAAGUGACACAGUCUACACUAAUGGAGCUAUCCGAUCAACAACUUACCCUUACACAGAAACCCAGAUGUACACUCAAAACACUGGGGGAAAUUAUUUUGAUACUCAAGGAAGUUCUGCACAGGUGACAACAGUGGUCUCGUCUCACAGCAUGGUGGGCACUGGAGGGAUUCAGAUGGGCGUAACGGGAGGACAACUCAUCAGCAGCUCAGGAGGGACCUAUCUGAUUGGGAAUUCAAUGGAAAAUUCUGGUCACACAGUGACUCACACAACGCGGGCCUCCCCAGCGACAAUUGAAAUGGCGAUUGAGACACUGCAAAAGUCUGAUGGUCUGUCCACUCACAGAAGCUCUCUUCUCAACAGCCAUCUUCAGUGGCUUUUAGACAACUAUGAAACUGCAGAAGGAGUGAGCCUUCCAAGAAGUACCCUUUACAACCAUUACUUACGGCAUUGUCAGGAACACAAAUUGGAUCCAGUCAAUGCUGCUUCCUUUGGAAAACUCAUACGGUCAAUCUUCAUGGGACUACGGACCAGAAGACUUGGAACUAGGGGAAACUCCAAAUACCAUUACUAUGGGAUUCGUGUCAAGCCAGACUCUCCUCUUAAUCGCCUACAAGAGGACAUGCAAUAUAUGGCAAUGAGACAACAGCCCAUGCAGCAGAAACAGAGGUAUAAGCCUAUGCAGAAAGUGGAUGGAGUUGCAGAUGGCUUCACAGGAAGUGGUCAACAGACAGGCACAUCUGUUGAACAAACUGUAAUUGCCCAAAGUCAACAUCAUCAACAGUUUCUAGAUGCAUCUCGAGUACUGCCAGAGUUUGGGGAAGUUGAAAUCUCUUCUCUGCCAGAUGGUACUACCUUUGAGGACAUCAAAUCACUGCAGAGUCUUUAUCGAGAGCACUGUGAGGCUAUACUGGAUGUGGUUGUUAAUCUUCAAUUCAGCCUGAUAGAAAAAUUGUGGCAAACUUUCUGGCGCUAUUCUCCCUCUGCUCCACCUGAUGACACUCCUGUCACUGAACCAAGCAAUCUGAGUGAAAUAGAAAGUCGACUUCCAAAAGCAAAGCUGAUUACUCUGUGCAAGAAUGAGUCUAUUCUGAAAUGGAUGUGUAACUGUGACCAUGUGAUGUACCAGGCUUUGGUGGAGAUUCUCAUUCCUGACGUCCUUAGACCUAUUCCUAGUGCCUUGACCCAAGCCAUUCGCAAUUUUGCAAAAAGCCUUGAAGGUUGGCUUUCAAAUGCCAUGAACAAUAUUCCACAGAGGAUGAUACAAACCAAGGUUGCCGCUGUAAGUGCCUUUGCCCAGACUCUGCGAAGAUAUACAUCUCUUAAUCACCUGGCUCAAGCAGCUCGUGCUGUGCUUCAAAAUACUUCUCAAAUCAACCAGAUGCUCAAUGAUCUUAACCGUGUUGAUUUUGCCAAUGUUCAGGAGCAGGCUUCCUGGGUGUGCCAGUGUGAUGACAACAUGGUUCAGAGACUAGAAACAGAUUUCAAGAUGACUCUUCAACAGCAGAGCACUCUGGAGCAGUGGGCUGCCUGGCUUGAUAAUGUAAUGAUGCAAGCGUUGAAACCAUAUGAAGGAAGACCCAGCUUUCCUAAAGCCGCACGGCAAUUUCUGUUAAAAUGGUCUUUCUACAGCUCAAUGGUGAUUCGAGAUUUAACCUUGCGCAGUGCUGCUAGCUUUGGCUCUUUUCAUCUGAUCCGCUUGCUUUACGAUGAAUACAUGUUUUACUUAGUAGAACAUCGUGUUGCUCAGGCAACAGGAGAGACACCUAUUGCAGUUAUGGGAGAGUUUGGUGAUUUAAAUGCUGUAUCCCCUGGAAAUAUGGAUAAAGAUGAGGGCAGUGAAGUUGAAAGUGAAAUAGAUGAAGAGCUGGAUGAAAGUGGAGAGCCACAAGCCAAGAGAGAGAAAACUGAGCUAAACCAGGCAUUCCAGGUGGGCUGCAUGCAGCCAGUGCUCGAGAGUGGAGUACAGCAGAACCUCCUUAACCCAAUUCAUAAUGAGCACAUUGUUGCAACUACCCAGACUAUCAGACAGUGCAGUGCUACUGGAAACACAUAUACUGCAGUCUAAUGUGAAACCUCCCUCGCCUCCAACACACGCCCCAUUGCGUUAGUCCUUUAGGUUUAAUAUGAAAAAAAAAAAAAAAAAAAAAAAA